AUGGAAAAUCUAACUGAAAAUCAUAAUACGUUGAUAUUAACACCAAAUAUCAAACGUAUCUAUUCAUUAUUUAUAGUUAUAUUUCGUGUUGCUAUUCCAUUCAUGUUACUUCUUACAGCCAAUAUAAUACUUCUUGCAAGUGUUCGUAAAAGUGAAAGACGAUUAAUUCGUCAUGGUCGUCUUCGACAAAUAACACCAAUGAUUUUGUUUUCAUCAUGUAUUCUUUUAUUUACAGUAUCACCUCGAUAUUUACAUCAAUUUUAUGUAAAUUUUUUUCAAGAAUCUUUAAAUUGUUCAUUAAUACAUUUUGCUCCACAUUUAUUAAAAACACUUGAAUUAUUUAAUUAUUCAUUUAAUGUAUUUGUAUCUGUUGUUAGUGGUAAACAGGCUCGAAAUGAAUUACUUGGUAUGUUAUCAUGUCAAUCAAAAAGUUUAAAUUCACAAUUUAAUGGACCAUCAAUACGUAGUUCAUACGUUGCAUCUAGUAGCCGCCAUCAACGGCGAUCAAACUACAUAACUUAUGAUCAAAUGAAUCUAACUAAUGGAUCGCUUCUUGCUAAUAACACGGAUGUUAGUUAA